GUAGACCAGGAAGUGAUCACACGGAGCACCUCUCCACUGUCCUGGCUUCUCCUUCCAGAACUGAGAUAUUUGUAUUCCAGGCAGCUUCAGCAUCCGCGGACCUGCAGGUGUGUUGAAGCAGAGGCGCAUAUAAAGGCUGCAGGCGUGGAGCUGCCCAACAGAAGAGAGCAUUCUGGUUCAGCGUUGCCAUGACCUCCAGCGCCGCUUUGUUCGCCUGGUCCAGAUUCGGGUUUUGUGCGUCCAGAACCGCUUCCUCCUCAUGCAGAGUCCUGGUCCGACCCGCCUGCAGCCGCUCUUGGUCCAGCGGCGUUAAGGUGCGCUCCUACCUGCAGUACGUCAAGCGGAAGCUCCGCCCCCCUCCCACUCCCCCAUACAGCCACGUGUGCCAGGUGGGCGACCCGGUCCUGCGCUGCAGGGCCACCGCCGUGGACCCGGCGGCCAUAGCGGGCCCAGAGAUCCAGCGGGUUCUGGUAACUAUGGUGACUGUGAUGAGGAGGCUGCAGUGCGUGGGUCUCAGUGCGCCGCAGGUGGGCGUGCCGCUCCGCAUCCUGAUGCUGGAGUAUCCCUGGAACCUGUUUGAGGAGGUUCCGCCUGCUGCCCGGCAGGCCCUUGGCCUCUCCAUCCAGCCGCUCCGGAUCUUCCUGAACCCGGAGCUCCGGGUUCUGGACGGCAGCACGGUUCUGUCUCAGGAGGCCUGCGAGAGCGUCUCGGGCUUCUCCGCCGCCGUGCCACGGUUCCGGUCCGUGGAAGUGUCAGGGCUGAAUGAGAAAGGUCAAGAGGUCACCUGGCAGGCAAGCGGUUGGCCGGCUCGGAUCCUGCAGCACGAGAUGGACCACCUGGACGGAGUUCUGUUCCUGGACCGCAUGGACUCCAGAACCUUCAUCAACAUCAACUGGCAGGAGCACAACGAGUAGCUGCCUGGGCGGACGCUCAGUUAACUUUCCUGUGUAAAAUUGUAAAUGGUAUUUUACAUUUUCCUUUGUUCUCCCUAUAAUUGAUGGAGAUAUAUAGAUAUUAUUUAUAAUGUAUAAAAGUCUUGUCUAUGUCAUUUUAAUUAGCUCUGAUGGUGAUUUAUUAGAGAAUUUAUCUUUCACGGUUUCAGUAAUACCAGAAUUAAUAUUAAAUAAAGAUUUUGUGGCGUUUUGAUUUA